AGUACAUAAUUUGGAGUAUAGCCGUCAACAUUUUCAUUUGGUAUACGGUGUAAUCGUCGAAAAGUCGACUAUUGAACGAACAACCCAUUUCUAUCUUGGAUAUGAGAAUAUUUUUUUUCGGUUUUCGAUUCUCGAUUCAAGCUAGUGUGAUUUUCAGAUGACUCUGUUUGUAUUUAUUUCGUGGUGAAAUAUAAAGAGCCGAUUUUUGCAAAUCGAAACAGACGAUAAAGCGCUAAGUCGCCGAAAAGUUCAUUGACCGCAUUUUUUUGCGCUCUCGAUCGUAACGUUAUUUAUAAAAGAAACAAAAACAUUAACGGAUCGGAAAAGCUCGUAUGAACACGAUGAAAAGUCAUGUGCGUAUUUACAUAGUGAAAACAAAGUGUUGAGAAUAUUUGAAUAUUUGUAGAAAAUAAAAGAAAAAUUGUUCACGAAUGAAAUGCAACGCGUUUUGGGCUGAAAUUUAUUUGUGAUGUGUAACGUAUACGUCAGUUGAAUUUACUUAAUCGAAUUAAAACACUUUGGUAGAACGAUAUAUCGGCGGCCUCAUUGUUUUAUAUACCAACCAUCAUCGGUGGUGGUCGGUUUGGUCGCUCGGUCGCUCGCUCGCUCCCUCGCAUACAACGAUAACAACGACGACGAGUACAAUGAUGAUGACGACUACGGGCCACAUACACUCUUAACUGAACAAUCGAUAUUCAAUCAAAACAAACAUCGAUUAAUGCUAUAAUUUUUCAGAUUUGAUAAAUCAAUACGAACUGUCUACCAAACAAAAAACGCGAUAGCACACGAAUCCGUCGCCAUACAUACUUACGUACAGCAAGCAGUUGAGUGUUAGAGUUCAGAAAGGUUCGUUUUUCUGUUGUUUGCCUAGUACAAAAGCAAACAUUACUGACGACGAAAACAAGGACCGUAUUCAAAAAGAAGAGGAAAUUCGGAAGAGCCGACGAUCAAUGUGCCGAAAGGACGGCACACAUUGUGCAAUCCUUUUCAACAACCCAACGAUAUCGCUAGCGUUCAUGAGGAUUCGACGAGCUCACUGAUAAAACAUUUGUUCCAGGCGGGCGGAAAAAAUUCGUUUGCCAAGCAUUUUGCGUCAUUUGACACGACAAAUCAGAUAAAUCAAGCAAACACCAAUUUCAAAUUAUACGAAUCGGUUGGGUAUCGGCCAUCCGUGGCAGCAACGUUACAACGGCACAGGGCGCAAACGUGUCGACGAAGAAGUCAAAAGCAAACGUGUACAACGAAUCAGUCACACGUUGAAAUUCGAACAAGUAACGCGACAACGAAAACACCAGCAGCACCUAAUUGUAAUUAUAGGCAACGGAGGAGGAAAACCUAUAGCAGCACCAAUGACGGCAUAAACAACAAUAUCAACAACAUAAAUAGCCAAACUGAAUGGUACAUUGAAUUGGCUUCGAAUUGCUUUAGAAAUGGUUUCGAAUUGCAUGUAAAUCACCUCGACGAGUGUUCAAAGCAUCCGAGUGUACUUCAAAGGAAACCUGCACAAGCAGCAUUUUUGCGACUACCGUCAUCGUUGUUUCGAUCGCCAUCGGUGUCGUCACCAACAACACCAUCGCCAUUGCCAUCGCCGCCACCAAUUGAAUUGUGUGACAGUGCAGUCAGUUUGGUAGCAGACCUUGUUGCGUGCUCAUCGUCAAAAUCAAUUACAGUCGCUUCUUCGCAUUGCGAUAAAUCCCAUUGCUCACGUUAUUCAUUUAGUGAUCAAAUAAAGAGUCAUUGUCGCCCACAUCAAUUAAAUACGGGCGAAAAUAAUCGAAUUUAUUGCAAAGAACAUUCAACAUCGACCAACAAUCCAUCACAGCAUAACAACAAUCCAAUUGAUGGUGUGCAUAAAAGAUUGCCAAUAAUUGAUACUACACCAAUUGCUCGACAACCGACUGUAACGGAACAAUUUAACGUAUUGAAUGCUAAAAAUAAUAUGAACUCAGUUGCGGUUGACACAGCAAACAAUUUACAACAAAACCUUCAGGCAAUUCAAUACAAUUAUCAGAAUAACAAUUUAACAUUUUACCGAGAAUAUCAAGCGAGUAGUGGCGGUGGACAGGAGCCGCGAACAAUUGCCCACAACAAUAAUAAUUAUCAGCAGCAACAGCAGCCGCAUUGGGUGGACAAUAGCAAUCCGAAUUCGAUAUCAUUGACGGACCAACAUCGCAUUGAUUGCUAUCAUAAGGGAAUUGAGGUGAGGUCAACAUUACCAACGGCAACAAACGAAAAUCCAAGCAAAGCUGUGAACGAUCUAAUUGUAGCGUUCAACAGUUCGUUUGACAUAUCCGAAGCGAAUCAACAUCAACUUCCGCAAAUAAUUUUAAGUGAUUUCUCCAGCGAUCAACCAACACCGCCAACGACACCACUCUUUUCUACCGUACAAACUUCGGCUCGAACUUUAUCCGAGCAUCCACCACAGCUACAGGAAUUUCAACUCUAUCGAAGUAACACGACUAUUUAAUGCAUGCAUUCGGCUGUCAUUUUUUUCUUCUGUGGGUGUGUGUGUGCUGUGCUACUAAUUUAAUAAUUGAGCGACUUUUUGAAAGUGAUUUAAAGUGAAUGUGCCACGAAACGGUUAUGCAUGGUGUAUUGGCUGACAGUGCGCGGUAAAUUGCGAAAACGAACAAGUUCAAAGGCGAAACCAUUUAACAGGGUUUCAAGUGAACAUUCAAGGCCAUUGGCACCAAUCAUCAAAUCAAUUAGUGUAUUAUGAAUACAGUACAGUGCAAGUAUUUGCGCUAUUCAUUCGGUUAAAAUAUUGCACACGAGAAGAAAAAAAAAAACAAGGAAAGAAGAAGCAAAAGAGGAAAUACGCGGAAAAUUGCUCGAAAAUAACAAAUUGUGAAAUCAAUGAAGCAAACCAAGCUCUCCUUCAUAAUCGAAACUAAAUAACAAACAAAUUAAAUGCCCAUUGGCUGAUAAAACUGUGUGUUGAUUUCUCAUUUUAAUAAGAACAACAAAAUCUGUAUACAAUACAAUCGAAGCUUCGUUCAUUCCUCUGUUCGGUUCUGCGCGUUUUUUUCUCUGUUUUGUUUCGUAUACAUUUCAGCUCUACUAUUUUGUGCAUGUUGUUUUGUUUUUUAUAUUUUGUCAACGCCGCCGCCGCCGUCGUCGUCGUCGAAGUCGUCGUUUGACUGUAUGUUGUUUUUUCGUCUACUCGUUUGUCGUACAUGGACGCGCACACGACACUGACAAUAAAUAUAUUUAUUUUUUUCAAAAAACAAUCUAUUAUUUAGUAUAAAUUUAAGCGCCAUCCAUGUGAGUGCGCAUUUUAUUACCGCUGUUGUUAUAUGCCUUUCAACGUUCAACGAACAAGACCAGUUUUUUUUCUGUGUUUUAUUCUAUUGCGAUGAUUUUUCGCAUGUGACAAAAGAACAAAUUUCAAGAGACACAAAAAACGGGCUGAUUAAACUAUAGCUUGCAGUUGCUUGUGUUAAUUUGUGCGAAACGAUAUCAAUUUAUUCGUGAAAUUGUCUUGUGCAAACCUCAAACGAAAAGAAAAAAACUGAAGAAUCGACAAAUUGUAUCGCGUGUUUUAUGUGCUCGUCAAUUAAAUUCCAUUAAAAAAAUAAUAAUUUAUAUGUAUCGCCGCUAAGUGAACACGAAAGAGAAGAACAUUAAAAAAAAAGAAUCCAUAUACAUAUAUAAAGAGACCAUUCAAAUGAUAUGCGCACUAUUGAUUGGCAUUGCGAAUAUUGACGACAUCGAACUUCUGGCGGGUUUUCCCAAUUUGAAUUUCAAAUGAUUUUUUUCGGUGAAUGCCUAAAGAAUUUCAAUCGUUUCCGCUGUUCUUUUCGCUGUGUUUUCAACAGAGAAUAGAAAAAGACAAGAUCAACUGUUUGUACAUGAGAAAAGAAUAAAAAAAAAACGCAAAAAUAUUUCGAAACGAGAACAUAAUCGGGGAGAGAAAAAAAAGCGUCAACGAAGCGUCUGCGAUUCACGAGAGCUGAUCAUUUCGUGUUAUCAAUUUGUGUGAACGAUAGUGUUUUUUUUAUUCGUGUUACCCAUCAGUUUCGAAUUUGAAUUGAAAGCGUCGAAAACAAUAAUAAUAA